UUGCCCGGAAUUAAAUUCCUCAAAAUGGGCUGUGAAGAAAUCUAUCUCCAUUCUCCAGCUGUUGACGUCUCCUUUCUUCCACAACAACAGGCAUGAGAAACAGUGACGCAUAAUCGCAAUUGUUGGUUAAAUUUUAUACAGAAGAGCGCCAUGGAUCACACCACCGAACACCAACACUACCAACAAUAUUACCAGCAAUAUCAACCUCAGCCACAAGCGGCAGAAGCUUACGACCCAUCUCAAUUGCAACCCUAUUAUGCUUAUGAUCAUCAUCAUCAACAACAGCAACAAUAUUACUCUUCUCAACAUUACGCCUCCGCUUGUUACCCUCAACAAUUUCAUCAAGAAUCCGCCUCCGUUCAUCCUCCGGGUGUUCCAGUCCCGCCCGACACUCUCCAUUUCCAGAACCACCAGAAUGCUUAUUAUUCUCAUGGAGUUACUGAUAAUCAAUCUAAUUUCACACAAUUUGCAGGGACACCCAAUAUGGAUGCGCCACAGUGGAGCACGCACCCCCGGAUUGGCCAAUCUGCAUAUAGAGGUGGCAGUAGAAAUGAUGGCAGACCUUUUAGACGGGGUCGUGGUCGAGACCCUAAACCAGAUAAUCAGGGACGUGGCCAGGGUGGUGGUAGCUACUUUCCAUCACAUGGUGCAGCAUCAAAUUCUACACCUUCAGCUUCAGUUCCUGGGCAGAUACCAUCAACUGUACCAGCCCAAGUACCUCCCGCUACCUGGCCACCUCCACGUAUGGCAUGGUGUGAACUUUGUAGGGUUGACUGCAACACACCAGAAAUCCUGGAGCAGCAUAAGAAUGGAAAGCGACAUAAGAAAAAUUUGCAAACACAUGCAGACUUAUUUAAUAAAGUCAUAACACAACAGCAGAAUGUUCAAAUUCCAAAUUCUGGAAGUCAACCAGAACUUAUUCAGCCUCAGAAAGUUCAGAGAUCUGAGGAAAAACAAGCCCCAGAGCAGAGUUUACCCUCCCAAGCUCUUACUGAUGAUAACAAUAUCGAGACUGAGCUGCAUAAAGAUGUAGUUGAGAACUCUAAAGUUCACACGGAGGAUUCUGCAGCAGAACCUCAAAGAAAGUCGAGGGAUCAAUUUGAUGGUCGUAACCGUGGUUUCAAGCGCAAGAUGAGAGGAGGGCGAGGGGGUAAGUAUAGGAGACCUAAUGAAGGGCCCAGACAACCUGUUGAGCCUGCCAAACCCAAAGAGGUGAUUCCUUUUAUAUGUGAGUUGUGUAAUGUCAGGUGUGAGUCGCAGGUUGUUUUUGACAGUCAUUUGGCUGGUAAAAAGCACCUGAUGAAUGUUAAGCGGUUUCAUGGUCACCGGGCAUUGUAUGGAGAAGCAGGGCUACAAGCACUCUACCCGCCUAACUUCAACACCUCCUCAUCUUCUGUCAUUCCUCAAGUCCAACAUGGUGUUAGUGAUCCACAGGUUGUUCUGGCUCAGCUGCUGACAUAUGUACUUUCUCAAACUCAAGCACCAGGAUUACUUGCCGCACAGGUGCCAGGACUACUGGCUGCUCAAGUAUCUGGAGUACCAGCUACAGUGGCACCAGCACCAGCACCAGCUCCAGGGUCAAGUCAGGAUAUAAAGUAUCAACAUAACCCUGAGACUCAAGGAUCAAUGGCCAUAUCAGAGGUGGGGAUCAAAGGUAAUAUUACAACGGAAGCUGAAGGUCAGCAGGAGUCUAUCGCUACAGAGCCUGAUGCCCCAGUAGAUGUGAUUAUUGACACCAAAGCAGAGAAUGGAUCUUCCGCUUUGGAAGAGAAAUCCUGUCUUUCCGGUGACAACCUGGUCACCACAUCAGUUAUAAAUGAAGAGCAAGUUCUUUCUGAAAUUUCAUAGGAAGGAACUGCCCUUAUAUCGAAAUGUGAAAUUGCCUCGUCAGAUCAUGCCGUCCAGCCAAGACCUGGUGAUGAUUUAGAUAAUUCAGUGGUGAAAGGAGGACCAGGGUCCAGGAUUGGAGAUUAAGCAGGAUCCUAAGGAAGAAGGGGAUGCCCAGCUGCAUGAUAAAGAGCAAAGUAUCUAAGAUAAUGUUUGAUGAAGUUUAAUAUGACUUCCAACGACAUACAUGGAUUUCUCUUUUGUCGCUCCCUUCUUCAUCGUUCUGAGCUCUUUCUUACAUUGGCUGAUUGUAGAUUCGUCGACUUUUUAUAUAAUCCUAAUUUACAAAUCUAAACGAGAGCUUUUUCUUUUCACUUUUA